CAUGAACCUCCCACUGCAUGCAGAUAACUCCCAAACUCUCUGCUCUCCUCAGCUUUAAGACCGACUAGAGUUGCUGCAGACCUUCAGUUUUGGUUCUUCUGAGAACAUUACCGCGUCCUUAAAUCCCGCUCAACAGGGGGGGAAAAAAGACUUUUUAAUUUUUACGCACAAAUCCGCCCAAAAGGCGUUCUUCUAGUAAGGUUACGCAAGAGAAAGUGAUAUCUACUAGGGAGGCUCGAUUGGAGGAAAAAAAAACGGGAACAAAGAAGAGCACAUAUUUAAGUUUCACAAGGAGCAACAGGAAAAAUGUCUAAACCCAAUUACUCCGGGACGUAUCAUCUGGUGGAGCAGGACAAUAUGGACACCUAUCUGGAAGCGUUAGAUAUUAAUUUCGCCCUGAGGAAGAUCGUGUGUCUGCUGAAACCCACUAAGGAGAUCACCCACGACCCGGCCACGGGGGCCAUGAAGAUCCGAACCCUCACCACUUUCAAGAACUUCAACAUGGACUUCACCAUCGGGAAAGAGUUCACGGAGGACCUGGGACCCGUGGACGGCCGUACCUGCCAGACCACAGUGAGCUGGGAAGGAGACAAACUUGUUUGUGUACAGAGAGGAGAGAAAGAGGGACGAGGCUGGACCCACUGGCUGGAAGGCAACAAGCUCCAUUUGGAGAUGAGAGUUCAAGGCAUCGUUGCCAAGCAAGUCUUCCAGAAGGCCAAUUGAAGUUGCUGCAAAUCUGCUGCAGCACACAGCCUGGUUUUAAAGUAGACGGUACAAGAACUGAAUCAUGUCUAUAUAGCACUUUUAUUACAAUCAUAAAAUUGUUCCAGAUCAUAAUGACAAUAUAAACACCGUUGAACAUACAGUAUGUUCAGUGUGAUGGCAUUUAGAGUCGAAGAGCCAAAAAAAAAAAGAAUGUGUAAACAUCCCCAAGUUGUUUCCUUCUAUUGCACAGCAGAUCUUACACUUGUCAUGAUUUGCUUCUGCAUCUACAUUAUGUUAAAAGAUAAUUAAUAAUGUCUGGUACUAUUACCGUAUAUCUUGUACACUUUUUACGAGUUAUAUAAAUACUGAAAAUCUGUGGUUGAAAUUGGUAAAAUCUACGUUGCAAGGUACAAUAAUGUCAGUGAUCUAACAAAUAUAACACAAGUUCAACUAGACAUCCUUAGAAAAAUAAAUCAUACUCUGCUUUCAGAGUGAUAAAAAAG